CUGUUUCUAUCAGGGUGGAGUUGGGAGAAGACUCAAGAAGAUGCUUUGAUAGCUGAAGACAAUUUUUUCGAAAAUUAGAGGCGGGUCAAGUAUUAUGUUUAACAUAUGUUUAUGUGGUUGAUUAUGGCUAUGAUGUUGCCUUUCAGGCAGAUUAAAUACAAAUUAUUGUCCACCCGAAACAAUGUUAAGGAUCAAUUUAAUGAAGUUGGAUAUAAAGCAAGGCCUGAAAUGUAACAAAAAAUACCAAACAAAACUAAAUCAACCCUUGCGUAGGUGAUUGUGAUGAUAAAGACAAAAUGUUUUCAUCAUAGAGAUAGUUUCUUCUUUUCAAGUUGUAUUAUUGUUAUUAAGAUUAUGAUGAUUUUACCAAAAAAUCAGGUCUUAAUUAUUUCUGCUCUGCCCACUCUCACUUUCGAUUUUCAUCUCUAAAUAAUAUCAUAAAAAUCAAGAGUCAAAUAUCGAGAGUACUUAAAACUGAAAAGCCACCAACGCCACCAACACCGUUAAAAGUGUAAUAUCAACACGUUCAACCUUGUUUACCACCGUUUUUCCUCCUCUCGAUCGAUCCACCUUUCCAGUUGAUUCGGCCUUCAUCUAAGUUCAAAAUGGUAAUCAUCUUCUCUGUGGUCGAUUGUGUGCCAAAUAUCAUUUGUUUAACCAUUUGAUGAUACAUUUCGAUCAAACCCACUUUCCUUUUACUAAUCAAUUGUUUUGGGCUUUGACGAUCCUGGAAAAAGGAUGAUGAUUAUCUCUCUCUCGCCGACGCCGCCAUAUUCACUUAUCUUCGUUUUGAGUUUCUCUUUUCAUCUUAUAUUAUCAUCAUGUUACUCUCUUGCGUAGGAAUCCAUCAAGAGAGGGUGGAUCAACUUAUUUCGAUCCAUUAGAGUAUGGGUGAGCGGCCCUGAUGAUGAUAAUGAUGAUCAAAUGAGAAGUGAAAAAUUUGCUCUUCAUUUCAACUUGACUUGACAGAAACCAUUCAAAAUCUUUCAUUUGUUAUUCUUUGCCAUUACAAGUUUCAUCUUUUUUUCGCUAUUUUUUUCAAUUCUUAACCAUCCUGACGAGUAACCUGUAUUAAGUGCAUCAUGUCAUCCAAUUCGUUAUCCAAUACAAUGUCCAGUGAUUGUUUGCCAUCUGAAUCUUUGGUCUCUUCCAACACUGUUGGUUUUCUUGGUGAAUCAAGUUCAGGUUAUGAUGAAGAUGAAGAAUCAAGUGAAAAUAUACUUUGUUCGUGGUGCCAAAAAAUGGGUCCAAAAAUGUUUACUCUUCGGUGUACAAAUGGUUUGAAAGCAUUUUGCAGUGAACUUUGCCUUACUCAAUGUAGACGAGCUUCAUUCAAGAAGAAUAAAGUUUGUGAUUGGUGUAAACACGUUCGCCAUACAGUAAACUAUGUUGACUUUCAGGAUGGUCAACAGCAACUUCAGUUUUGUAGUGAUAAAUGCUUGAAUCAAUACAAAAUGAACAUUUUCUGUAGAGAAACUCAGGUUCAUCUCAACUCUUUACCAACUGUAUAUCGGUCAACAAGUCCAUCAACAAGUUGUCCCUCUCAUCUUCAUGGUCUCAACCGGAUUCUAGAUAACAAUAUGACCAUAAAAGAAAUCGAAGAUUCACUGGUUAAUCCCGAGUUUCGGAUGAAAAAUCUAUUGAUUCCCAAUAAACAAUUUCCAACCUCAUUAAUAACAUCAACAUCUAGUCCAUCUUCAGGUUCAAUUUCAAAUGGUAAAAGCGAUUCAAUGGCCAAUUUUAGAUGUUCAUUAAUUGAGAAAAGUAUUGACAAUUCAACAAACAAAACCACAAUAGAGAAUAAAGACAAGGUUGGAAAAGAAGAGCCAAGUAGAGAGUACAAACCUUCCGUGCCAAAGAAAAGUCCGACUAAAUCUAAAGUUCGAAGACAGAUGGAUCCCAAAAAUAAAUGUACAACUCUGGUUAAAGUUGAAGAGAUUAGUGAAUCAACCAAACUGCGCUCAUGUAAAAACCAACGUAAUACAAUCGGUGAUGAAAACCAAAACAAUGAACCAAGUAACAUUGAACUUGGUAAAGACUUGCAACCUAAAAGUGUAGCCACUUCGAAGAUCACAUCUAAUCAAAGCCAAGAACCAAUAAUCGAUCCAUCAACUUCAUCAGCUAAUGGCUCAAUGCCACUCCUUUCAAGAUUCACUCCUAACCUUUUACAAAAUCACGCAAAUGGAUUCAGAACUGUGUAUAAUAAUGAUUCUCAUAUUUCACCUUUUCCUGACUAUCUUAGUCAACGUUUAUCAAAUUUGCCUAACAGAGAUGGUUCUUUAAACUCAAUGGGUUCAUUUUUGAAUCCUCUUCAAUUGGAACUUUUGAGACAUCGAACUUUCAAUUCACCCAUUCGUCAUUCAAUGUUCCCUCUCAGUUCCCCUGUUGUGGCCAAUCAACCAGAUCAAAGGCCAUCCAUUCAAUCAAUUUAUUCCCAACUUCCAGAGUCUCAUCAUUUCAAUUCUCAACCAAUUCCUUUUAAUGAACAAAAUAAUUUGACAAAUGCACGGAUUCAGUACUCAGUGCCACAUCCUUUCUUGUUUCCCCUUCCAUUGCCGAUUCCGUUACCGAUUCCUAUUCCAAUCGAUCUGGCAUCUUUGUUUCUCAAACCUACAAUCUCGACUCAAGACAAAGAAGUUCAAGUAAAUGUUUAUGAAAGAUCUGGAUUUAUAACACUCGAUUCAAAGAUUACUCCAGAUAAUGAUGACCAAAGUGCAGGAUUCAUCAAAAAUAAAAGAUUCAAAAGAGACAUUAUAUCAAUAUAAGAAACUACAAUUGAGAGGUUAAUUUAGCUUGA